GACUUUCAAGCCAAUCUGGUGAAACAUUUGGCAGAAAUAAGGAAAACAUCUCCAUCGUGUUUUGCUGCUCGGGUGCAAUGUUCAAGAACACCAGAAGAGGGCAGUAAAUCCUUUAGAACUAGAGAGCAGAUUCUCUGGCAUGGAUAAAUAUUCAGUGGGAUGAUUAGGUGACUGUACAGGCUUAUGCUUUACUAGGAAAUUUAGCCAUGGCAGCUCAUCUCACAGAUGUGGAUUCAUUUGGUGAUCCAGCUAGUUCUUUAGUCAAUGCAUCUAGAAACUCACCUGUGGAAGAUGAUGAUGUUGUGUUUGUUGAAUCAGUACAGCCUCCAGUUUGUACUCCAGCAAGAGCUGAGGAAAGGAACUUUGUAUUUGCAUCUUCAAAACACGAAAAUCCACAGGGAAAUUAUUCCAUAAUUCCUCCUUCUUUGAAAGAUUUGACUUCUCAAAAGGGAAAUACAUAUGAAACAAUUGUUAUUGAUGAUGAAGGGGACACAGAAACAAAUGGAGGGGAUGAGAAAAAUCCUACCAAUUUUACUGAAUGGGAACCUCAUGGAAACAAACAUAGUACCAAGAAUUUGGAUUUCUUCAUUUCCAGUCUAUCAAGAAGUAAGACCAAGACUGGUGUAGGACCUUUUAAUCCUGGUAGGAUGGAUGCAGCAGAUGCACUUCAGAAUGGAAGAUUUGCAGCACACCACAAUCCUGAUUCAUGGAUCUCACAAUCAGCAUCAUUUCCUCGUAACCAGAAACAGCAAGGGAUGGAUUCUUUAUCACCAGUGGCCUCACUUCCUAAACAGAAUUUCCAGCCCUCAAACCAGUAUCUUACUAAACCUAAAAUCACUUGUGCAAACUGCAAAAAUCCUCUACAGAAGGGACAGACGGCUUAUCAGCGAAAAGGAUCAGCUCAUCUCUUCUGUUCAACUACCUGCCUUUCUUCUUUCUCUCAUAAACGCACUCGAAAGACACGGAAUGUAACAUGUAAAAAAGAUUAUCCUAUGAAGACAGCAACUGUUAUUCCUCCAGUGGAGUCAAGCAAGUCUUUACCAGAACUUCAUAGUGCAUCUCUGUCUUCCUGUGAAUACUCCCAGAGUCUCAGAAAAGAAGUUUUUACUAAGUCAAGAUGUAUAAUGUGUAAUAAAUUAGGAGAGGUUCGCCAUGAAAUCAGUGUUAACAAUGUAACACAUAAACUGUGUAGUAACAAUUGCUUUAAUGAAUACAGAUUUACUAAUGGUUUAAUAAUGAACUGCUGUGAGCAAUGUGGCAAGUACAUGCCCAAAAACACUGGACACAGGGUCCUGAUUACAGGUCAGCAAAAGAGCUUCUGCUGCCAGAAUUGUGCCACUGAAUAUAAAGAGAUAAUGGAAACAAAAUCAAAAAUAGCACUUUUACAGAACAGGAAAAGGAAUGCUGUCAGAGAAGAAAAUGAAAGAAAAUUACAUGAAUCAAGUACACUUUCAGAAAAAAUAGGAGAAAUACCAGAGAAAAAGGAAAAGGUUUCAGAGGUAAUAGGAGUUGCAGUACAAUGUAGCCAGGAUGCAUCACGGGAGGAGCGGCUUGUGAACUCGCCCCCAGUGACAGCGGGACCUGAUAUGGUGAAAGAGCAACUGGAAGACAGUUCAGAAGACUCUGAGAUGUCAGGAGUGCUGCCUUCAGACCCAGGUUCAUGGCCCCGAAUAUUGAAUAUGAAACAACGUGAUACUCUUGUCAAAAAUAAUCCACCUCAAGUAAGAAAUUUUAAUUUUCCAAAAGACAGCACUGGAAGGAAGUUUUCAGAAGCGUACUACACACGGAUUCUUCCAAGUGGUGAGAAAACCACCAGGUCCUGGCUACUCUAUUCGGCCUCCAAAGACUCGGUGUUCUGCCUCUAUUGCAGACUCUUUGGGGAAGGGAAAAACCAACUGAGAAAUGAGAACGGGUGCAAAGAUUGGCAGCAUUUGUCACAUAUUCUUAGUAAACACGAAGAGAGUGAAAUGCACAUCAACAACAGUGUUAAGUAUUCAAAAUUAAAAUCUUACCUGGAAAAUAAAACCAGUGAAGCUACAGAGCAUGGACUGUGUGAAGUUGAGGAAGAUGGUGUGCUGCUCUUGUAUACAUAACUUCCUGUCUGCUCUAGACAUGACAGUCAGUGCAGUACCCAGAGAAGUUUGUACCAGGAGCCAGUGCCAGUACAUUGUGGCACUUAAGUGGAGGGACUUAGAGGAUUGUGUGUUACCAACAUAUCUAAUAGCAAAUAAGUAGUAAAAAAAAAUCCUGUUACAGAUGGAAAAACAAUUGGAGCGAAUAGUCAUUCUUGCAGAUUUUAGUAAAGACAGUUUGAGUUUUUUGUCUAUGUGGGGUCUCACCUUAUAAAGUUGUUCUUAGAUGACUUCCACUUUAUGGCCUGAGAACCAGAAAUGACAAGAUACAAGCAUUUUUUAACAUUGUUAAAGAAAAUAUAUUCAGGCUGUGAGUGUUGACACGUGACUUUUAUCCCAGCACUCAGGUGGCAGAGGCAGGUGUAUCUCUUGAGUUUGAGGUCAGCCUAGACCAGGACAGCCAGGGCUACACAGAGAAACCCUGUCUUGAAAAACCAAAAAGGACAAUAUAUUCAAGCAGCUUAAGAACGGAGUAAGAUCUGAAGCUACAGAUGUUUGCUAAUAAACCAAAUUCUCAUGUUUUCUUUCUUUACAACAUUUUUCUAUUUGUGCAAAUAAGUUCAUUUGUUAUAAUAAAGUAAUUUGAAUUUUA